AUGUCGUCCAACAACACCUCGGCCAGUGUCUCCAUCGAUAAGUUCGAUGGGGACAACUACUCAACCUGGUGUCGCUACAUGCGCGGCGUGUUUCUGACGAAGUCAGUCUGGUACGUCGUGAACCGCGAAACGUCUCCAACCUUCACCGACACGCGAGCUUCCGACGAGUACGUCAAGGCGAGCAACAUCGCGUUCGGGUUGAUGUUGCUCCACAUGGACGCCGACUACCACCAUGUGGUCGACAACUGUGAAGAAGCAUGGACAGCGUGGUCGCGGUUGAAGAUGCUCUAUGGUGGGUCGCAGAAGGCGGGACGCAUCUACCUCAAGCGCCAGCUGUUCAGCAUCAAGAUGGCGGAAGGUGCCAACGUCUUGCACCAUUGCAACGAAGUCUUGAACAUCGGCGCCAAGCUCAGCAGCAUCGGUGCCAAGAUGGAAGACGAAGACAUUGCGAUCUGCUUGCUGCUCAGUCUCCCGAAGAGUUUCGAGAACGUGGUUCUGAACUUGGAGAUGAGCAAUGCAGAGCUGCGCACGCAAGAUGUGGUCAAGGUGCUGACUAACGAGCACAUCAAGCGACAAGGCGAGAAGAUGACAACGGCAACGACAACGGUGAAGACUGAAGAUGCGACAAAGGCAUUCAGUACCGAGCGCAAGCCCUACCAAUGCACAUACUGCGGCAAGGUGGGGCACACGGCAGAGCGUUGCUGGACGAAGCAAAAGGAUGAAAGUCGAGGAGCCCAACGCGGCGGCAAUGUUCGUGGACGCGGGGCAAACAAUGUCCAGUGGCGACAUUAUGAUGAAGGCAACAGCUACGAUCGAGUGGCGUUUGCAGUUUCGUUCGAAUGCGGAGUUUCGACGAACAAGAAUGGACCAGGAAUGUGGGCCGUUGACAGCGGGGCAACACAUCACAUCUGCCACGACAAGUUCAAGUUUGCAAGCUUGGUCGAAGGCAAUGAUGGCGAGAUCCUGGUGGCUGAUGGCAACAAGGCGGCCAUCAAAGGUGUGGGGACCAUCGUGGAAAAGGUGAUUCUGCCAAACGGGGAAGAGCGCGAGAUCGAGAUCAAGAACGCGCUCUAUGUGCCCAGCAUGAGCAAAAAUCUGCUCUCGGUGCCGCAGAUUAACAAGCACGGCAACUUCCAAGUGGUGUUUGACGGGGAUACGAUGUACGUCGCUCGCAAGGAUUCCAAUCAAGUGGUGGCAGCUGCGGAUCUUGUAGACGGACUCUACUGGCUUCGCACGACGCAGCGAUCGGCCAAUGCGACAUCACUCAGCAACGCUGUUGAUCUACAUGCGCGAAUGGGCCAUGCUCCAGUAGACGUGCUUCGCAGGAUGGUGACAAGCCACAUGAUCAAGGACGCUCACAUCCCUUCCAAGCCGAAUGGAUCAAGUGUGUGUCGAGGAUGCCAAGAAGGGAAGAUGGUCCAAAAACCAUUCCCGAGCAACAGUGACAAGCGCACCUACAACACCUUCGAGAUGCUCCACUUCGACAUCUGCGGACCCAUGGAAGAAAAAUCUCUGGGUGGCAGCAAGUAUCUGCUGCUGAUCGUGGAUGAAGCCAGCGGAUGCAUGAAGGGUUUUUGUCUGCAUUCCAAGUCAGAGAGCGAAGAGUGCAUCAAGAAGUACAUCACGAUGAUACAGACGCAGUUCAACAAGAAGGUCAAAUUUGUGCGACACGAUGGAGCCCGCGAAUUUGCGACGAACUCGCUUCAAGAUUUCUACGAAGUCGAAGGCAUCGAGCAACAAACCACGGUGCCAUACGCACAUCAAGCCAAUGGAACUGCUGAACGCGCGAUUCGAACUAUCGUCACCAUCGGUCGUAGCAUGCUCCAUCAUGCCAAGUUGGACAAGUGCUUCUGGGCUGAAGCGGCAAUGACGGCCGUCUAUGUGAAGAACCGUUUGCCGUCACCCAAGAUUCCACACAAGACACCGUUCGAGAUUGUCUACAAUUCUAAGCCAAGUGUCAAGCACAUGCGCGUUUUUGGGUGCCAAGCAUACAUCUUGACCCCGAAGGAGAAACGACUCAAGUGGGAUCCCAAGGCCCGGGCUGGAUUGUUUUUGGGCUACGAAGAAGUGUCCAAGGCGUAUCGAGUUUACGACAUCGAAGCGGGGCAGAACCGCGUCCGAGACACUUCAAACAAACAGGAAAGCGCAAGGCCCAACCCAGUCACGACAAUGACGACGCAAGCAUGCCCCGAGCAGUGCCAACUACCCGGAUUGGAAGAGUCAAGUGCGCCGGAUGACCUCUCUUCACGUCGAGCCAACGAAGAUGAAGAAAGGAAGUCGGAGGAACAACAUGACACACCGACUUCCUCCGCGUUUUGGCAUGCGAGUGCAAACGCCGUCGAAGCAGCGGUCGAUUUUUCGGAGCCGUCGACAUUUGAAGAAGCAGUAUCUGGCCCGGACCAAGUACACUGGCGCAAGGCAAUUGAUGCGGAGCUCGAUUCGAUGAAGCUUCGCGGUGUCUUUCGUGCGGCCAAGUUACCCAACGGACAAAGCGCCAUUGGCACAAAGUGGGUCUUCAAGAUCAAGCGCAAGGCGGAUGGGUCGAUCGAGAAAUACAAGGCACGACUUGUGGCCAAGGGUUUUCGCCAAAAGUAUGGCAUUGACUACACGGAGACGUUCUCGCCCGUGGUCAAGUAUGUGACGCUGCGAAUGGUCAUCGCCAUUACCAAGCACUUUGGAUGGCCCCUCGACCAGCUCGAUGUGGUGACUGCGUUCCUGUAUGGAGUGAUGAAGGAGAAGGUGUUCUGCGCUGUUCCGGAAGGCGUCAAGAUGGAAGGUGAUUUCGACUGUCUCGAGCUGAUCAAGGCGAUCUACGGUCUCAAGCAAGCCUCGCGUGUUUGGAACGAGACCUUCGACGAGUUCAUACGCUCGAUUGGUUUUCAAGCGUCGGGAUUCGAUCCAUGUCUCUACAUCAUGACUUCGGAAGGCCAUUGUGUUUUUGUGCUGGUCUACGUGGACGAUGUCUUGGUGACUGGAAGCUCGCUCGAGAUGAUUGCGCGCACCAAGAACGACCUCAAGACACGCUUCGAGAUGACGGACAGCGGCAAGUGUGCCUUUGUUCUUGGGAUCGAGUUAUUGGACGGUGAAGAUGGCAGCGUGACUAUGUGUCAGCGCCGUUAUGUCGACGAUGUCCUCAAGCGCUUUGGAAUGGAUGAGUGCAAGGCUGUGGCAAGUCCGGUGGACGUCAGCUCUCGACUGGUUCCAAGCAACUCUGCAAGCAAGGUGGAUGUCCCAUUCCGUGAAGCAGUGGGUGCUUUGAUGCAUCUGACGACUGCAACGCGACCGGACAUCGCCUAUGCUGUAAGCUUUGUGUCACGGUUCAUGGAGAAACCCCAAGAAGAACACUGGGUUGCAGUCAAGCGCAUCUUCUGCUACCUACAAGGCACCAAGAUGCAUGUAAUCUGCUACAAGCCAAGUGCGAAGAUCGACUUUCGUGGCUAUUCAGAUGCAGACUGGGCCGGUGACCUUGCUGAUCGCAAAUCGACGUCCGGCUACGUCUUCAUGCUAUUGGGUGCUCCGGUGAGUUGGGGCAGCAAGAAACAGCCAAGUGUGUCACUGUCUACAAGCGAAGCGGAGUACAUCGCGCUCAGCCUGGCGAUCCAAGAAGGCAAGUGGAUCAAUCGCUUGCUGUGCGAGAUCAUGGCGGCUGCAAACGAAGAAGGACCCGAGCUCGUCAUCCGUGAAGACAACCAGUCGUGCAUCAAGAUGACGAAGAAUCCGGUCAACCACGGCCGCGCUAAACACAUCGACAUCAAGUACCAUCACAUCCGUGAUGAAGUCAAGCGCGGCGAAGUGAAGCUUGAAUACUGUGAGACGACGUUGAUGUUGGCGGACAUCAUGACGAAGGGACUUCACGGACCGCGUCACAAGGACUUGACGGCGGCGCUUGGCAUCCGUGCGUGUUCGGAUUGA